AUGCUGGUAGUGGAUGCGGUCAACAACGUCAACGCGGGCCACCCCGGGUCCGCCAUGGGGCUGGCGCCACUUGGGGUGCUGCUAUUCGCCGAGGAGAUGCGCUUCGACCCCGCCGAUCCCGCGUGGCCCAAUCGCGAUCGCUUCAUCCUGAGCAACGGCCAUGUGUGCCUGCUGCAGUACUGUUUACUCCACUUGACGGGGUACAAUCUCCAGAUGGAGGACUUGAAGCGGCUGGCAAAGCUGGGGAGCAAGACGCCAGGGCACCCUGAGAACACACUCACGCCGGGGAUAGAGGUCACCACAGGGUUUGCGUCAAUGCUGUUUGGGCAUCCCGCUUGUCUUUCCUCCUCCUGGUCUUCCUCCGUGUCGAAUUCCUUCCAGGAAGGUUCCAGCUGUCCCUUGGGGCAGGGCUUUGCGAAUGCGGUGGGGGUGGCGGCAGCAGAGGCGCACCUGGCUGCCCGCCUCAACACCAUUGACUUCCCUGACCUUAUUGACCACCACACUCUCUGUCGUGUGGCACAGUUUGCCUCGCAUGUGCCUCUCGCUUCACUCUCUCGUGCUCGCCUUGCCUCCUCCCGUGUGCUGCUGCCUGUGCACCUGCUGCCAUCCAGGUUCGUUGUAUUUGGCGACGGCUGUGCGAUGGAGGGCGUGGUGAACGAGGCAGCAUCCCUGGCGGGCCACUGGGGGCUGGGCAAGCUCAUCGCCUUCUAUGACUCCAACCAGGUCACCAUAGACGGCAGCACGGAUCUAGCUUUCUCAGAGGACGUCACGGGCCGCUUCGCCGCGCUGAGGUGGCACGUGCAGCGAAUCAAACUCCGCGACGCCGCUGACCUGGACGCUCUUCGCAUCGCCAUACAAGCCGCCAAGAAUGAAACCCACCGGCCAUCGCUCAUUCAAGUGGACACCAUUAUUGGGUUCGGCUCUCCUAAGAAGCAGGGCACGAGUGCGGCCCACCAUGGGGCGUUUGGGAAGGAGGAGACCGAGGCGAUCAGAAAGACGCUGCGCUGGCCGUACAACGAGCCGUUCACUGUUCCUGACGAGGUCUACAGGGUCAUGCAUCAGGCGGCUGCGCGCGGCCAAUCAGCGGCUGCCAGCUGGAGGGAUCGGGCGGCACAGUACCGCCAGCGCCACCCGGACCGGGCGGCGCUUUUGGACGCACUCACAGUGCCUGGGCGGCUGCCAGCUGGCUGGGAGGACUCGUUGCCGCACUGUGAGCCAUCAACUCCUCCGGAUGCCACGCGCGGUUACUCCGAGGCAUGUCUCAACGGCCUCGUGCACGCGCUGCCCAACCUUCUGGGCGGCAGUGCUGACCUGGCAUCCUCCAACAAGGUGGCCUUCCAUGGGCUGCCAGACUUCUCCCGCGAGGCCUUUGAGGGCCGCAACUUCCACUACGGCGUGCGCGAGCAUGCCAUGGCGGCAAUAAGCAAUGGCCUCGCCCUGCACUCACGCGCGCUCAUACCAGUGGCCGCCACCUUCCUUGUCUUUUCUGACUACAUGCGGCCGGCGGUGCGCCUCGCCGCCCUCUCCACCGCCCGGGUGCUCUUUGUCUUUACCCACGACUCCAUUGGACUGGGGGAGGACGGCCCCACUCAUCAGCCAGUCGAGCAUCUGCCAUCCCUCCGUGCAAUCCCUAAUCUCCACGUCAUCCGCCCUGGCGACGCCACCGAGACAGCUGGCGCCUACGUGGCGGCGAUCCGGCGCAGCGUGGGGCCCACGGCGAUCCUGCUGUCCCGUCAGAAGCUGACAGCUCAGCUCCGGGGGUCGUGCAGGGAGGGGGUGUUGAAGGGGGGCUAUGUGCUGGGAGGGGGGGAAGGGGGAGGAGAGGAGGGGGGAGAGGGAGGAGAAGGUGGAUUGGAUUUGAUUCUGAUUGGAUCAGGAUCAGAGCUGGUGCUCUGCCAGGAAGCUGCUGAGAAGCUUCGUCAGGAAGGGUACAGUGUGCGGGUGGUGUCUCUGCCCUGCUGGGAGCUCUUCAGGCAGCAGCCUCGGGAAUACCGGGACGCUGUGCUGCCGCCACGUGUCACCAAACGGCUGGCUGUUGAGGCUGCUCGCUCCCAGGGCUGGUGCGAGUGGGUGGGACCUGAGGGCUCUGUCCACUCUGUUGAGCGAUUCGGUGCCAGCGGGCACUAUCUUGAAGUGUUCCAUAAGUUCGGGUUUACUGUAGAGAACAUUAUAGAGCGUGCUUAUAUGGUGAUGGGGAGAACUCAGUGA